CAAACUCAUCGAUGCCGUCAUGCGUCUUGAGCUGGAAGAAGCAGAAGUUUGCCAUCUGAAGGAGGUCAUAUUGAGAAUAAAUAUUGACCUAGACAGCAGAGAUACCCCAGUUGUCAUGGCUCACGAAGCCAAGGUAGCUGCAGAGACUGCUCUGCAGCAACUCACCGACGAUCUGGCAACUCUUGGGGCUCGUCUUCAAUUCGACGUCUCCAGCGCUUGCCCUCUCACGCCCGAAGCCACCAGCCUUGCCGAGAAUGUCGCAAGUAUCCUCAUGGAGAGGGAAGAGAAAGUCCGAUCGGCAUGGGAUCGCAUGGGCAAGAUGUCUGCUAAAAUGGCAGCCAUCAAUGACAUUGAGCGACUUGAAAAGAGGGUGCAGACCACAACUCGUGCAAGGGCCAAUUUAGCAGCUCUGAUCCAUUGCUAUGGCUUAUUAAAUCGAUGUUAA